GCGACCGCGCGACACCGCGCUGGGCGCGGCGCGCAGCAUGCCCGGUCACCCGCCGCGCGGCUUCGCGCAGCCGCCGCGAUGACUCGCGUGCCUGGUGCGCUGGCGGGGAUGGCGCGAGGGGGCCCGGCCGAGUCCGGCGGGCCGACCUUCGUCUUCGUCGUCCUCCUCGUCACCAGCAGCAUGGUCAACUUCGACUCCGGCGGCACGGCGGCCAUCCUGGUGCACCUCGGCAGGGGCUGCCCAGGGCCGCCAGGGCACGGGAGCCCAGGGGCGGCGUGGACUCCAGACCCGAGCUACCCGUGCCUGAGCGAGUCGGACAAGGGCGUCCUGUGCUCAGCUGCUUACGUAGGUCUGUGCCUCGGUUGCCCCCUGGCAGGUGAACUGCUGAGAACUCGCAGCGAGAAGAGGGUUCUGCUCUUGAGCCUCGCGGGUAACGUGCUUGCCACGGUGGUGUUCUCGAACGUGCUGAACAAGCAUGGCCUCUGGGCCGCCAAGCUUGCCGUGGGCGCCACUCAGAGUGCGAUCAGCAUCUACGCGCCUGUCUGGGUGUCCAAGUUUGCGCCCCCAGCUAGCAAGACCCUGUGGUAUGGCCUCAUGCAGUCGAGCGCGGCGAUUGGCAACCUGUUCGGCUACGCGGUUUGUGGGUACCUGGUCGAACUGGGCGUGUACUACCAGAGGGCCUUCCAGAUACAGGCUCUCUGGCUGGCCGCCACGUGCGCCCUGCUCCUGCAACUGCCGAGCCAGCGCAUCGACGUCAGUGCCCAGCCCGCGAUGGCGGACCUGCAGCUCGCCGACCCGAGCUUACUGCACUCCAAGGGCCUGUCCAGCGUACCCCGGCUGGCACUGCUGCUGCAGGUCUACGGACGGGGCAGCGUGUCCUUGGGGAAGGUGCGUGUGCAGCGGCCUUCAGCGCUUGCUGCUUCGCCAGAGUCUGGUGCAGCCGCGCAGCUCGCAGCGCUUCUCGAGCAGCCCAUGUUCCUUGCCACUGGGAGUGCCAUCUGCGGCCUGUACUUCGUGGUCACGGCCGUCCAGUACUGGGCCUCCCAGUUCUUCGUCGUCGAGUUCGGGCGCAGCGGUGCCGAGGUGACGACGGCGUUCCUCUUCGUGGCCGGGUCCGCGCCCCUGCUCGGGGUGGUGAUCGGCAGCUGGAUCGUGGACCGCGCAGGAGGCUACGAGACGCCGGAGCAGGUGGCCCACGCGUGCAUGCUGGUCACCUCCUGGGGAGCCGUCGCAGCGCUCGGGGGCGUGCUCGCGGUAGCCUUGGACCCCGCGCCGCCAGGCCAUCCGAGCGCCCCUCUGCGCUUCUACCUCGUGGUGUGCUGCGUGUGGGUCCAGCUCCUGUUCGGCGGGGCCGCGCUGCCCGCCGUGACGGGCGUCUGCAUGGGCUCCGUGCCCGAGGGCCUGAGGAAGAGCGCCUCCUCGUGGGCGAUGGUCUUCUACAACGUCUUCGGGUUCUCUCUCGGCGCCUACCUCCCUGGCUGCAUCGCCGAGCGCUCCUCCCUGAGGCUAGCGAUGCACGCCGUUUUCUUGUCGCCCCUCGCCUGCUGCGCGGCCAUGGCGCUGGCGCUGCUGCUCGCCCGCCGCGCCGCACGGGGCGAGACCGGGCCGCUCUGGGGCCUGCCGUGGCCCGGCGGCUCCGACUGCGCGGCCCCCCUCGCCGGCGGGGACGCCCUCCGGGGCCGGCCCAGCUACGGCACGGAGCUCACCUGGCAGAGCUGGCUGGGGCGAGGGGAGUGA